UUGGAGAUUGAAGAAUUUCCAUAGCCCGGUGGUGACGUGUCAAAAUCUUGAUAAAUUGAUUAAAAGGGCAAAGGUCAGCGUCUCACCCUUACAGCAGACUGGAGAACACCAGCGGACGGAAGUGAGCGCGGUGACAGGGCGGUGAUUUGAGUAUGUGACCCACCCACACAGCGCCCCCGAGGACUUCGGUACACACUGGUGGUUGGAAAAGUUUGAAGUGAGCGGACCACUUCUUCCCGAGCUGGUACCCUGGACGUCAGAGGGACGCACUGCGUGGCUGGAGGCAGUCUACCCGGACCUGCAAGCCCCGAAAACAACGCGAACGGGUCUUCGGUAGCCGAAAUGUUCUGAUCAUCCAAGAAGAUGUCAUCCAACGGUGGAAAUCCGGUAGAAACUGCGAAAGACAAAACCAAGCUUAACGGCAGCAUCUCUACGGCACGGAUGGAAUCCAGUACACACCAUCAGCUACAUGUAGACGAAGGACGAGACAACUCAAAUACAAUCAAGCCAAAGAAGCGUCCAAGCAGUUUACUGAAACUUCGAAUAGCAGACCUCGAGGGAAAUCAACAUGAGCGGAUGGAUAAGGACGCCGAAGAUCAGGCGACGCACAAAGAGCAUCCCAGAGCAGGACGGGCGACAUUGCAUCAUGAUCAAGAACACAACAACAACACACAGCCACCAGAAACUUCAGAGACUCUUUCAACUAAUUCCAAUGAAAGAAUGAAUGCCCAGCUGCAUGAUGCCCACCUGACACAAAGAUAUGCUGGGACUUUCUGCUUACGAAAUCCAUGUAAGAAAGAGCUGAGUGGCCAUGAACGAGCAUCAGUGCGUAAGCAUGGCUUGAAGUAUAUUUCUUGCUUGCCUGUACGAUGCAUUGAUCUUGACGGGAAGAGGUAUUGUUUCUUAUCCGAUGUUCAUCGGUUGGUUCCACAUAAACGAAAGAACGACAUUGUAAAGGUUUGUCGCGCACUCGGUCUACAUACCAGAUCUGAUAGAGUCGAGGUUAAAGACAGAGCGACAUUGUUAAAGAUCUUAAAAGUUGUGAUGGGCCUUCCAAAUGACCACUCUCCGGCGACCUCAGCACAGGAGAGUGCAGAUGGAUUCUCUACGUCUUCAAAGCAGGAACCUGAAGGUACAGGCGUACUCCAGCCACAAUGCGAUGUGAACCCUGACAAGCAUCUUUCCGUAUCUGGCCAGAGUAAACAACAUCUGGAUGGAGGAAUCAUCUCUGUUGGCAAGUCACACUCAAAAGUACCAUGGCUGUACCACCAGCAAGUAGAAAUGGUGACCGUCGGUGACGUGGAAUCGGAGAUUCCGGCUGCCAGUCUGGACGGCGUGCAGCGAUACGAGAUGCCGCCCUGGGGUCCAGAGGUGUUGAACAGGUACGCUGCAACAGCCGGUCUCAAGCAAGUGUACCACAGCAACCAGCAGCUCGUGCCUCUGAGAGGUCUGGAUGUCAGAGCACGAACAUCUGGGCCCAGUUAUGUCUCCGACAUUGCACACGAGGGAAAUGACGAACACAUGGAGAAUGAUGAGAGUGCGGCUGUAAUGCACAGUCCUUUGUCUCGCACAGGGCAUUCAGAAGAUGUUUCAGAAGAUCCUUCACAUGAGGUCGAGAAGAACGAAGUCGAUUGUGAAGAGAGCAUGGAUGUGGCGGCACCAAACACCGAUGUGACAAGCGAAGACAACGCCAGUUCCAGCCCAACGCUUUGUGACAGAAACCCUGAACCCCAUUGCUUGGCAGAUCCAGGGGAUGUCUGCAACGAGAACGAGCACGUGACUGGGGAACCUGACUUCUGCAAUGUAAAGAAGGAGGAGGUCUUAGACGACCUAGCACCAUGUAGGUACAUGCAUCAAGCAGAGGAGACGUACAGAUCGCGGCAUGGAAGCAUUGAACGAAAGACGCCAGAUACUGAAGACGUGCCAACACCACAAAGUCAAACACGAGAGACGACGGCUUGGGAAGAUCUCAUUUGUAUUUCUAGCUGCUGGAGUGCGGUCUCUGACAAGCCAGCAGUAGCCCCGGUUGAACUACAACCGCCACAGACUGUAGUUUCAGAAAGAGAAGACUUGAAACAUGAAUUGAAAUGGGAGACCGUCGCCGAAGGUCCUCCAAUUCCAGUUGUGGAGAGGGAUGGGUCGCGCUACGUCCUUACUUCUGACGUGUCAUCUCUGCUUCGGGGUGUGGACGCUGGGGAGUUUAUGGACGCCCUUACUAUUUUAGAGCUCAGCAUUAUCCCCUGCAGUCCGGAGGUUGGCAAGUGUUUUGCAGAUGAAGCUGGAAAACCGAUGGAACAGUGCCGAAGCAUGGUGAAACUGAACAUGACAUUGGGGGCUACGGUGAAGAUGCUUCUCAUGAUUUUCAAGCAAAGCAGUUCGGGGAAAUCCGGUGGUGGUCCACAUGGUAACAAAACACAGACUUCGGCGGAUAAGCCCUUGUCUGAAGGGCGUACCUCCCCAAUGACAACUGACCGCCCAAUUUCAAGAACGUCCACCACUUCCGUGAGAAGUGAUGAGACUUCUUUGCAAAGCAACCCUUUGGCAUCACCUGGAAAUAAUGCGUAUUCAGAACCUCAACAAAACCAAGCAGGAGACACCCAGCCUAUGUGCAUGCCUGAUUUACCGAUGCAUCAGCGAUACAGGCCAUGGGAAAUGUGCAACAACAGUGCAAGCUCAGAGCCUCGACAAAGCCAUGCUAGAAGUUUAGCCUCACCGCCAGAACCAAGCAACCACUUCUCCCCACCCUUACCAAGAGGAGACACCUUAUCGGCAGCAAAUCCAUUUGACCAGCCUCAGCAGGGUAGGAGAAAUGCCAACAACGUUCGGAGCUUGCCAACAGUGUCCUCACCAACGAGUCAUCAGCACGUGAUGCGAUCCAGCAGCUUCGUGGACAGGGCAGAUGUACCUGUUCGUCCUCAAAGUCAUUCACAUGCAGUGUCUAACCGUGAGUUCGUUCCACCCCGUCUCCAUACAUCGCCCGGCUGUAGCCUCCAAGUCAACCAUUCAGCCUUUGUCCCGUAUGCACGAGCGCAGCAUCGAGAUGUGGUAUCAACCAUACUUUAUCCCAGACACCACCUACAGACCUUGCUGUCUUCCCAUGGCCAUGGCCAUCCACUCUCUCCUACCGCCCAAGAUCAAUUGAUGUGGGCCAGGCAACUAACUCCUCCAACAUCGAGAGAUACUCCCCCACCGUACUCUGUCCAUCAUCUGCACAACGUGCCUUCGACAGCCCGUCACAGAAGUGCCGACAACCAAGCACCAUCACAUCGACUGCCGUGAGACAAUGGUUCCGCAAGAUACGUUAUAUUUACAUUUUGACACGUACGAAUAAACGAGUGCAAAUUUUGGACAUAGGGACACGCAGGAAAGGAAGCAUACGCACGCUGUAAUCAAAGCCUUGUGUCAGGUCGUGAUUUGAUGUCUUUGGUGUUAGAAGUUUGUGACAUGAACCCGAUAUUCCGUCCAGAAAAAAGACUAUAGACACACAAUUCGUUACACAUUCCCAGUCUAUCAUUGUGCUAUUGGAAGAUUCCAUGCUCAGUCAGCAUUUCUUGGUUAGAGUCGGGAGAAAGAGAAGCAAUCAUUCGCAGCUUUGACGACUUAAGACAUGAUUUUCGUCCUACCAUUCCCCCGAGCCUUUUCAACAUUUCAGGAGGUCUCAUGACCUCACACAAGAAGUGACAUACGUCGUCGCAUGGCUUAGAUGUUUGGUUAUGGAUUUUGUAGCGGUUAAUUAAAAGUCGACUGCUGUUUAUUUGUUGGUGUCACAGGUCUAGAAAAAACGAUAGAAAUUUUGUUGAGAAGCAAUCAAGAACUUUAUGUAGAUUCUGAAUGCUGAUCUACUUCAUUGUUGUUACUAACCUGAUCUUGUUUUGCCUUAAAGUUCGACAGUUGUUAUUUACAUUAACCAAAAAUUUUCAUAUUCUAAAAGCACAGCACGUUCGCUUUGUGUAGUUCCAUAUAGUUUCAUUGUAAUACAUAGAUUAGACAAAGGGUUUGUUAGCUACUUUUGACUAGCAUCCUUCGCAGUCUUGUUGGGCGUCGGCGUUAUUUUAUCUGUGAGCGACGCGAGUAAUAUG